CACGGUGCAUAGUAUCCGACUGUGGUGUCACGACGAGACAGCACGCUGCUUGAAUAGUCAGCCUUCACGGUACUCUGAGCGGGCUUCAACGCUCUUUUCUGGUCGAACAAAGGCCGAGGGAGCAGUUUCGAUCAGACCAUAGACUACGAACAUCAUCAGAAGUUGCCUUGCAAGUCACAUCCGCUGGCCAGCAGCGAGACACUAUGGAAUGCGUUGAGCAUCUCUGCAAAUUGCUGAAAGGCGAUAUCCAGACAUUUGUACCAUUUGGGUUCAUUCUGGCCAGCGCUACAUGUUCAGGUAGAUGGAACUCGUUUACUAUGGCAAGGUGGGCAGGUCUUCAGUACAAACCUGCUUUGGCGAUCUAACUUUAUCGGUACGACAGGUUGGAUGCGUCGGCUACAAUAUGAUGAGAGCAUUGUCAAGCCUCUGAGGAGAGUUACCAUCUUUACUGCGAACAGUACGGUUUAAAAUUCGACUAGGUGAAAAGUCUUCCUAGCUUCGCACGCCGCACAUGAGUGCCAGACGGAGCUGAUUCGAGUGCGCGAGCAUGCGAUCUCGGU